AUGGUGUACCGCGUGGGAGGCUUGCUCCUUCUGAUCUGUGGGCUGGCAGGUGCGGAGACGAACGACGAUUGUGCCAUGACACAGUUGCGUAAGGUGAACGAGCACCAUGAGGUGAAAUUGGAUGAGAAGACCAAUGACACGAGCCAGUCGGCCCAGACGGACGAUUGUCCGACCCCUUGCGUACUUGAGGAAGCGACGAAGAUUUGCCAGCAAGCGCAGAACAAAGGAUUCAGCUUCAAAACAAAUUCUUGCAGCUUCAAAUGCAAUGCGAAAGGCAAGGUGCAGAAUUGGAAGGGCCCCACCCUGGCGAAGCUGCUGCAUCAUCCCUGCCAGGACAGCCACGAGGGUCCCGCGGCCUAUUGCCAGAAGAAUCCCUCGAAGUUUUACAGGGAUAAGACGUGCAGCAUUCAGUGCUUCAAUGGCCAGGCCAUGACCGUGGCCUACAAAGGCAGCUUUUCAGUUAGCUCGACGUGUUCGAAGCAGAAUUACUUGCUCCAAUCCUCGGCGGAGACGUUUCCACCCGCCUCACAGCUGGCUGACGAGGACGAGGAUUGA